CUCCUGAACCGCGACGGGCACAGCAUCUCUCACAACUCCAAGCGCCACUACCACGACGCCUUCGUCUGCAUGAACCGCAUGCGGCAGCGGGGGCUGCUCUGCGACAUCGUCCUGCACGUGGCCACCAAGGAGAUCAAGGCCCACAAGGUGGUGCUGGCCUCCUGCAGCCCCUACUUCCACGCCAUGUUCACAAAUGAGAUGAGUGAGAGCCGCCAGACCCAUGUGACGCUGCAUGACAUCGACCCCCAGGCGCUGGAGCAGCUGGUGCAGUAUGCCUACACGGCUGAGAUCGUGGUGGGAGAGGGGAAUGUGCAGACCCUCCUUCCUGCUGCCAGCCUGCUUCAGCUCAAUGGUGUGAGGGACGCUUGCUGCAAGUUCCUGCUGAGCCAGCUCGACCCCUCCAACUGCCUGGGCAUCCGGGGCUUUGCUGACACCCACUCCUGCAGCGACCUCCUCAAGUCUGCCCACAAGUACGUCCUCCAGCACUUCGUGGAGGUGUCCAAGACUGAGGAGUUCAUGUUGCUGCCCCUUAAACAGGUGCUGGACCUCAUCUCCAGCGACAGCCUCAACGUGCCCUCGGAGGAGGAGGUGUACAGGGCUGUGCUCAGCUGGGUCAAACACGACGUGGACAGCAGGAGACAGCACGUGCCCAGGGUGAGAGUGCUGGGGAGGCUGCCGCUGCUGAGCCGCGAUUUCCUCAUGAGCCACGUGGACACGGAGCUGCUGGUGCGGCACCACUCGGAGUGCAAGGACCUGCUGAUCGAGGCGCUCAAGCACUCCUUGCUGCCCAGCCCCCUGUCUCACAGCUGCCUCUGCCCUCCCCGAGCAGGUGGAGGGAGCCUGUUUGCCAUCCACGGCGACUGCGAGGCGUACGACACGCGCACGGACCGCUGGCACAUGGUGGCCUCCAUGUCCACCCGCCGGGCCCGCGUGGGCGUGGCGGCCAUCGGCAACAAGCUCUACGCCGUGGGAGGCUACGAUGGGACCUCUGACCUGGCCACGGUGGAGUCCUACGACCCUGUCACCAACUCCUGGCAGCCCGAGGUGUCCAUGGGCACCAGGAGGAGCUGCCUGGGCGUGGCAGCCCUGCACGGGCUCCUCUAUGCUGCUGGGGGCUACGAUGGGGCCUCGUGCCUCAACAGACUUUGUGGGAGGCUGUGGUGGGUCAGGGACGUGUCCUUAGCUGAUCCCUGUGCUUCUGUGGCUGUCUUUGCAGAAGGCAACCUCUAUGCAGUCGGGGGCUACGACAGCUCGUCGCACUUAGCCACGGUGGAGAAGUACGAGCCCCAGAUCAACACCUGGAGCCCCAUUGCCAACAUGCUGAGCCGCCGCAGCAGCGCGGGCGUGGCCGUGCUCGAGGGGAUGCUCUACGUGGCCGGGGGCAACGAUGGCACCAGCUGCCUUAACUCUGUGGAGCGCUACAACCCCAAAUCCAACAGCUGGGAGAGCGUGGCCCCCAUGAACAUCCGCAGUGCUGAGCUGCCCCNCUCCAGCCUCAACUCCAUCGAGAAGUACAACCCCCGCACCAACAAGUGGGUGGCGGCUUCGUGCAUGUUCACCCGCCGCAGCAGCGUGGGG